AUGAGCGCAAAAACGAUGUACUACACGGAGAGCAACGUGCGAUUACUGUCGCGUGACUCACGCCAUCAACUCUCCGCUUCCAGGAGCACUUCGCUCUCGUCUUCGCCUCGUUCGCCAGCAUCAUCGUCAUUCUCAUAUUUGCGCUGAGAGCUCAAAGAAAACGGAUUUAUGAGGAUAACCUCUUCAAACAACGCAUGCUGCUCGGCCAACUUUUCGACAUGUACAUGGUGUGAGUUCUUUCAGUUAGAACAGUGUUGUUUGAUCUGAUCUGCAAGUUUCCGCGUGCGGAAAUUGUCGUUAAACCCACUUGAACAUUGAACGAUCGGUUCCUUUCAAACUAUAAUCUCUUUUUCAGGCGCUAUGAAAUGUUGAAGAUUCGGCUGAAGCAACUCGAAGACCACCGACGCGUCUUGAAAGAAGGAAGAGAGCCCGAUCAGGAAUAG